AUGAUGAUGAACGGAAAUUAUCCUAACAGCCAAAACAACAACAACCCAUACUUUUUUGGUGAUCCAGCCUCUAGUAGUGAUAAAUAUAGGCCAGUGAUGAAUACUAGAACAUCACCAGAAAUGCAGCACACUUAUCCACUACCAACCACAACACCCUAUCCUUCCUCUCAUCUGUCAAGUUCUUCUCCAAUAAUCCAUCAUCAAGCAAUCACGCCAUCAAUCAGCCCGUCGUCAUCAUCCUCUUCUUAUUCUUCACCACCAUCGAUGAACUAUCAACAUUCACCAUCUAGUAUGCUCAAUUUCGAGGCAAACCCACAAAUCAAUUCCAUUCCACUCGUUCAACAGCAACAGCACUAUGUCAUUUCUUCUCUUAGUGAAAGUUCACCUUCUAAUUCAGGCUCGCCCCAAGUUGCGAAGAAGAAAAAGAAACGGCAUGUCGAAAAACUGGAGCAUCCAGAGGAAGCUUUCCAAAGCGUUUUUCAGGCAAAUCCGGAAGCCUCUCCAUUAGAAACUGGUCACCCGAUUGCAUGUGUGCAAUGUAGGUCUAGACAUAAGAAAUGCGACCGAACUUUACCUUCAUGCUUGAAUUGCGUGAAACGAGGUGUGGAAUGUACCUAUAGAUCACCAAAAAUGAAAGGAAGAAAAGAUCAAAAGUUCCAACCAUAUUCUAGUUUAUUGUAUCUUCCUCCAACAAACAAUAAUGGACGAAGCAAAACUUCUUCAAAUAUCAAUUCUUCAAUCAGUGAGAGCGUCGUAACACAUGACCAAGCAUGCGAAUCAAAAUUGUUGACGAUACCACAGGAUUCUGCCUUCAACAACUUGCAAAACAAUUUUUCCUUAGCCCCACAUAAUCAACAAGCGACAAACAUGCCACAUUUCAAUAACCAAUCAACACAAAGCUUUUCAUCUUUAUUAACGUCCGAUAUCAACUCUCAACCUAUGGUUCAGUAUAAAUCACAACAAAAUAUUAAUUUAUUCGGUGAUCAAGGUCCAACUGUCAGAUCCAACCAUAAAACACAACAUCAAGAUAACGAAGAUCAAAAGAACCAAACGAAAUUGGUGGGAACUAACGUUGUAAACACUAACCAAUCCAAUGCAUUUUUACACCUAUCUAAGGAAUCCAUUGAAGAAAUAUUAAACUGUCUUGGAAUCAAGGAUAAUCAAAACGGACCUCUAUUUACCAUGACCCAACAGCAACAAGAGAUUAUUGCUCAACACAUUGCAUCCACACUAUUGCAAGACUCAUCAAUAGCAAAUCGUUUAAAUAUGAAUGCCUACAAAAAGCGGACAGUUCAGCUCUAUGAAGAAGUGAUAUCGAUGGGCUAUCCAAUAUUAUCAACCUCUACCUUGGAAAUAGCGUUUUUCAACGAAGAGUCUAUGAGAGGUAUUUAUACCAAUGACGUAUUAUCACUUCUCUACUCAAUACACUCUGUUACAUGUCAAGCUCUUGGUGUGCAUGAUGAAGCUAAUUUAGCUUAUUUAAAAGCAAGAACGCUGUUAUCUGAUUGCUUUGACAAUGCAGACAAUCUUUUUAUUGCUGGAACGUAUUGCUUUUUUGCUCGUUAUUGUAGCGGAAUUGGAGACAAAGGCAAGGCUAAAUUUUAUUUGCAGUAUGUGGAUUUAUUCUUCAAGAAAAAGAGCGUAAAUUAUAGAACUAGAAGACAUUUAAACUAUUCUAUUGAAGAAGAGGCAAAGAGCGGAGCGAAUUAUUCUAUUUUUACAGGUCUAACUUUGGAUGAAAUGUUUUUACUCAAGUAUCGAGUGCUAGCUGCCAUUAGUGUUGAUAAGUCUGGCGAAUUUUUCUUAAACGAUUGUGCUAACUUUCCAGGAUUUACUUUUGGGACCUAUGUUGGCAAGCUAAUCAGUGAUGGUUGCCUCUAUGCCAUUGGAAAAAUUCCGAAUACCAUCAUGGCCAUUAUGGCCCAAAAGAUUACUGAGGAAAAUCUCAAUUUGUUUUUAAUGAUGCUUGAAUUUUCUGCCAAUUUCCUGCGUAUCCAUGAAACUGAAAGACAAGUUUCCGAAACAACAAAAAGCAUCAUGAACUGUCUUCACAACUUGUAUUAUCAUGGAUGCAAAUUACAAAUGAUGAAAGAGGCCAACAUUACAGAUGAACGUUUGGAGAAUGAGGCUAAACUAUUUUCCUUAUCCACACUUGUUGGACCCUUUCACUUGGUUCAACCACUAACGUUGGGAGCCAUGUUUGAAGCUGCCUCUCUUCACUUGAAAAUUCUUGCAGACAUUGAGCAAGGAAAAAGAUUAAUUACAAGUACGGACGAACUUUGCACAUGUUACCAGUUAAUUGAAGUUGAUUUGAGAGCACUAGAAAUUGUAAGAACCAAGAAUAAGGAGUUGAUUGACCGUAUGUGCAAACCUUUAAUGGAUAUGCUUUCAAUGAGAGUCAAACAAUUUUCUUCUUCACCCAUUUAUGCCUCUAGCUCUUUGAACUCUUUGUUGGCAAAAUUUGAAAGUCAGAUUCCACCUUCGAACUCAAUACCUGUAGGGAAACAGCCAACAUCAGAGAUGGAUCAGAAAUUUGGUGAUUCAAUCAACCUUCUCAUACACGAAUUGAAUCGAUGA